AUGAAGCAGACUCUGUGUUGUAGCCUCACGCUGAGCUCCUGCCCCGACACAACGAGGAGCUUUUCCAAAAUUCCCCAAGUGAGCUACGCCUCCACCGCGCCCGAGCUCAGUGACAACACCAGAUACGACUUUUUCUCCAGAGUGGUCCCCCCUGACACGUACCAGGCGCAGGCCAUGGUGGACAUCGUGAAGGCCAUGCGCUGGAACUAUGUGUCUACGGUGGCCUCAGAGGGAAACUAUGGGGAGAGUGGAGUGGACGCUUUCAUUCAGAAGUCCAGGGAAGACGGUGUCGUAUGCAUCUCCCAGUCGGUCAAGAUUCCCAGAGAACCAAAGCCGACAGAGUUUGACAAGGUCAUCCGCCGCCUUCGUGAAAAUCCCAAUGCGAGGGUGGUCAUCAUAUUUGCCAACGAGGAUGACAUCAGGCGGCUUCUCCAGGCGGCUAAAAAGGCCAACCAGACGGGACACUUCAUCUGGGUGGGCUCCGACAGCUGGGGCUCAAAGAUCUCCCCGGUCCUGCACCAGGAGGAGAUGGCAGAGGGGGCAGUCACCAUCUUGCCUAAGCGCCAGUCAAUCAGAGGCUUUGAUCGCUACUUCAUCAGCCGGACUUUGGAGAACAACAGAAGGAAUAUCUGGUUUGCCGAGUUCUGGGAAAAUAAUUUCAGCUGCAAACUCAGCCGCCACGCUGUGAAGAAAGGCUCCGGACUCAAGAAGUGCACGAGAUGUAUUCUUCCAGAGUAG